AUGGAUGACGAUUUGACAGCAUCCCAUUGGGAUGACGUUUUGCUGCCAUCAACGAAGUUUGGUACUGCUUCUGCCAUUCCUUCCCAUUUAGGUAACCAAUUCGCUGACUUGAACCUCGACGAUCCUCAUAGGGACAACGAGCCCGACGAAGAAGAAGAAGAGGAGGACCAGGAUGAACAAGAAGAUGAGAAUGAAACUGGCGGGUAUGGUGACCAUCAUGGCUAUGGCUCGAGCUCUUACGGGGGCGUUGGGUCUAAUCUCAAUCAACAGAACCAGGCUGAGUUGGACCAGAUUCAUGAAUUGAGGAAAGAAGAGCUUAAGGAACAAAAGUCGGCAUUGAUGUCAGAGCUUACUGAGGGCUCAGCAUUUGAAGACCUAGAGUCUUCUGUGGCAAGCCCUUCAAAAGUAUCAUCUUCAGAUCCGCUAUUCGCUGAUAGAGGCAAGGUGCUUACCGAAAGUAACGCCACUGAGCCAUCGCCAUCUGAGCAGCACCAUUCACCAAAGAAAGCCCUGCAACUCAAAGGUUCUCAAUUUAGAGCUCAAAGAACCAGAAGGUAUACGCUGUCAACGGUGGUGAAGCAAUUGAAGGAGGAAACAGGCGUGGUGGACCCUUUAACAGAUUUGGCCUCUAAACCCGAAGUGGAUGAAGCUGAACCAUCUUCAGCCCCGCAUGAUAAGGCUAACGACUUAGUCAAAGAAUCAAAUGCACCAUUGUACGAUAUCAAACAAGAGAAUGCUGACGAAAGACAGUCUGAGAUCUCUCAACCAAUCUCUGAUACCGCAAGCGAUCAUUCCAAACUAAAAAGAAGGCCAUCCUCAUCGGGUGCAGAAAUUGCCGUUGGAAAUCCAGUGAAAGUGGGUGAUAUUACGAACGCUCAUAUCGUAUACUCAAUUGAGACGAGAAACUUACAGCUUCUGCCUGCCGAAGAGCCCCAAGAAAAUCGCUUCACUGUUACAAGAAGGUACAGAGACUUCUGCUGGGUUUAUAAACAGCUCCAAAUAAGUCACCCCGGCAAGAUCAUACCUCCUCCGCCAUCAAAAAAGACAUAUAUCGGACGUUUCAACGAAAACUUUAUCGAAAACAGAAGGUUGUCUCUCGAGAAAAUGCUUCAGAAAAUAAGCAAGAUCCAAUCUUUGUCGACCGAUCCUAGUUUUGUUAUCUUUUUGACUUCAGAAGAUUUUGCGCGUGACUCCAAGGAGAGAGAGAGAAGCGGCGGAGUGGUGCUUGAUGACUCGGGUGAACCAGAGAGCGAUGGCGCCUCGACGAAUGCCGUUGUCACAGGAUCUGGAACGGGUGGCUUCAUGAGUUCGCUCUUCUCAAUCCCCGCAAAGCUACCGGAACCUGAUUCCUAUUUUUCCAAGAAGAAGGCUUACAUAGAAGACUUGGAACAUAACCUUCGGACGUUUCACAGAUCACUUGAGCUCAUUGCUGGUCAACGACUUGAAAUAGUGGGUGUGACAGAAGAGAUUGCUACGAUUAUUGAUGAAUUGGCAGAUCUCGAAAUACUGAAGGCUACCUCACUUCUCCUCAAAGCUUUUGCGGAAAUCCAUAUGAAGCUCAAGGAUAAUCUCGAUAGAGUCAACUUACAAGAUCAAUUAACCCUUGGAUUUACUAUCGAAGAGUACUUGAGAAUAAUAGGCUCGGUCAAGUACAUUUUCGAAACGAGAACGAAGACUUACAAUCAAUACCACACAUUCCAGCAAGACCUCAUCAAAAAAGAAGACUCGUUGAACAGGGCAAGUCACAAGGCAAAAUCUGAAAAGUACAACAUAUUGAAAUUCGAGGUGGACAAUUUAAGGCAGAAGACGACUCAGUUUGAAAAGAGUUUUAAUGCGAUCAGCGAAACAAUUAAAGAAGAGAUGGACAAUUUCGAGAUGGAAAGGGUUGAUGAUUUCAGAAACAGUGUUGAGAUAUACAUUGAGAGUUCAAUCGAAUCCCAAAAAGAAGCAAUUGAACUCUGGGAGACUUUCUACGAAAGGCAACACUUAGACCAGAUCUAA